AUGUCUGUGUCUCUGUGGUGUGAGGAGCAAGAGGGCCAGGACAGGACUCAGUCUUCAGUCCGAGCCCCAUGGGACCCCAGCGCCUCCGGACUGAGAGUUAUUCAGAGACUUCUGCAGUCUGAGGAGAGAUACCUGCCAUCUCCUCUCUACAUCGCUCUCAUCCAGAGAGAACCACAGCGCAGAGAGGAACUGGCCAAGUGGACCAUGGAGGUGUGCUGUGAAUGUGACUGUGAUGAGUCUGUAUUUCCCCUGGCUGUCUCCCUGUUGGAUCGAUAUCUGUCGGCCACUCUAUCCCUGCCUGUCUCUCCAUCCUGUCUGGCUGCAGCUUGUGUUCUGGUGGCCUCUAAACUGACAGAAAGUGACACAGUUAGUGCAGACACGCUCUGUGCGGCAGCAGAGUAUGACUUCCUCUCAUCAAACCUGCGGGAAAUGGAGCGUGUGGUGCUGGCGACUCUUCGGUGGGAUGUGGCAGCAGUGACUCCUCAGGACUUCAUCCCACACUUCCUGCGCACUCUCGGGGAACUCAGGGAUGGAGAUGUGUGUACAGGAGACUUUCUCGCAACGCUGCGACGCCACGGCGAUACACUUGUUGCCUUGUGUGUGUGUGACUCGCGCUUUCUGGGAACUCCUCCUUCACUGGUGGCUGCGGCUGCACUGAACUCUGCCCUGCGGGGUUUAAGGGCCAAGAGUGUGGGAGAGCUGAGCGUCAUGACCUCUGCCCUGGCCACACUCUGUCAGACUGAUGUGGCGGUGCUGCAGUGCUGCACUGAGCUGAUAGAGGGAGCUCUCAGGGAGAGACUGAGGAAUGGAGCACAUGAGGAGAAAGAUGGUGAUAUUGAAGAGGAAAGAGCCAGCACACCCACAGACCUAAGAGAAAUAGACUUUUAA